AUGUCAGGAUGCCUUUUGGACAGAAGAAAGCUGCAAAAAAAUUCUAGUCUUUCAUUGAUGAAGUUUUACGAGGACUACCAUUUGUCUGCUUAUAUUGAUGAUCUACUCAUCGCCAGUAUGGAUGCUGCUGAACAUGAGGAUCAUCUGAUGCAAGUUUCCAAACGUCUGAAUGAUUAUGGUAUUCAAAUUAAAGUAGAAAAACCAUGCAAGAGGGGUCAGUUGCUCUUGUCUGGACUCGAAGCUGAUAUUGCCUAUGAUGCUGCUAAGGAAGCCCUCAGUGCAGUAACUAGUUUUCCCAGUCAAGAUGCUCCAACGUCCAUCACUACUGAUCUCUCCAACACUGGCACUGGAGCUCAUUUAGUAGAAGAAAGCAGUUCCACAUACUCACCGACCACAGCCACUCUCUACUAUCUUCAACUCCAACAAGUCUACCUACACUCCUCAACAACUUCGUCAUAUUGA